AAAAAUCCCAAAACAAAGAAAGAAAGAGAGAGAGAGAGAGAAAGAAAAGUGACAAAAGAUGGCUUCAUCCAUGAUGAUUAAGAUCGCAGUCAUUGCCUUUACAUCAGUUUUCAGCCUGCAAUGUGUUCUGGGUGCCCUUACUUGCGAGGAGUUGCCUGUGCAGGUGUGUGCAUUUUCUGUUUCAUCGUCAGGAGCACGUUGUGUUCUUGAGAAAUCUAUCUUGAGAGACGGCGGUGCCCAAUACCAGUGUCUGACAUCAGAGGUGAUGGCAGAAAACAUAAAUGAAUGGAUUGAAACGGAGGUAUGUUUGAAUAAGUGUGGGCUUGACAGAAUGGCAGUGGGAAUGUCCAGUGAUGGUCUAAUGGAAUAUAGUUUUACCAGCAAGCUGUGCUCUCCACAGUGUUAUAACACUUGCCACAAUAUUGUGAAUCUCUAUUUCAAUCUUGCUGCUGGAGAAGGUGUAUACUUGCCUCGGCUGUGCCAAGCUCACAGAAGUGGGUCCCGGCGCAUGGUGCAAGAAGUUUUGAAUGGAAAACAGUCAAGUAUUACAGCCGAAUCAUUCGAAUUCGCUUCUGCUCCUUCUGCUUCUUCUUCAACUAUGGACAUCACAACUGCCAUUCCUGCGGCUUCUCCAGUUCCAUAGACUGUUAAACAAAGUUACGCUUUCAGCUUUCUACUUUCAUGGCCAUGUAGAGUUGAAUCCUUUCUCUAUGGAUAUUUCAACAUCAAUUAUUAUGGUCCCUACCCAUGUUAAUUGUUUGAAAGGAUUUAUACCCUUGGAACUAUAUUUUUUCCUGGUCUAUGCAUUUAACACGGAAUUGGGAUCCUGUUAUUUCCCUUCAAAUAAAUUUAUAUUUGUUCAGUACAUGAUGUAAUUUCUGUUCAUUUAUAUGGGAUCCCGUUCAUUUUUUCAAUAUUUUUAUUAUUUUUA